UUUUGUGCACUAUAUUAAACUUUCAUUCAUAGUUAGCUGUAUCAGUGAUGUUUAAAUUGUUAAAAUUACAUAGAAUCUGCGUGGUCCGCAUCAAAGUGGACUAUGCCGCAUAUGCCACAUGGUCCCAAAAGAAAGCGAUGAAAGAAAAGAAGAAAAAAGAUGAGUCAUCAGGUGGUGGGGUGACUGAAAUGAAUCCUUGGCCAGAAUACAUUCAGAAACGGCUAGACCUUUGGGACAAGUACAAGGCUCAAUAUGAAGAACAGUUAGCGUCUAAACCUGAUUUAAGUAUUGUGGUUACAUUACCUGAUGGGAAGACUGUGGAGGCCAAAGCCUGGAAGACCACACCUUAUGACGUUGCCAAGGGUAUUAGCCAAGGCUUAGCGGACUCUACGAUCAUAGCUCGAGUGAACAGCGUCCUGUGGGACUUGGAUCGGCCUCUGGAAGGGGAUUGCAAACUGGAACUCCUGCGAUGGGACAACACAGACGCGCAGGCCGUGUUCUGGCACUCCUCAGCGCAUAUGCUCGGGGAGGCGAUGGAACGGGUAUAUGGUGGGUGCUUAUGCUACGGUCCACCCAUAGAAGAAGGAUUCUACUAUGACAUGUUCCACCCAGAGAAAGGGGUAUCAUCCACAGACUUCCAUGUGAUAGAAGGCCUUGUAAAGAAAAUAGCGAAGGAAAAGCAGAAUUUCGAACGCUUAGAACUGACCAAGGAACAAUUAUUAGAAAUGUUCGACUACAACCCGUUCAAAGUGAGGAUAUUAAAGGAGAAGGUUGACACGCCGACCACCACGGCGUACAGGUGUGGAUCUCUCAUCGACCUGUGCAGGGGACCGCAUGUACGGCAUACGGGGAAAGUUAAAGCAUUCAAGGUCACUAAGAACUCAGCAUCGUACUGGGAGGGUAAGGCAGAUGCAGAAAGCCUCCAGAGAGUGUACGGUGUUUCAUUCCCCGAUCCCAAACAGCUGAAGCAAUGGGAGGUCAUUCAGGAGGAGGCUGCCAAGAGGGACCACAGAAAGAUUGGCAAGGAACAAGAGCUGUUCUUCUUCCACGAGCUAUCGCCCGGUUCUUGCUUCUUCCAGCCGCGCGGGGCGCAUAUAUACAACGUCCUAGUGAACUUCAUUAGAGACGAAUACAGGAGGCGUGGUUUCCAGGAAGUCGUAACGCCCAAUAUGUACAACGCGAAACUGUGGCAGACCUCGGGCCACUGGGCGCACUACGCUGAGAACAUGUUCUCUUUCGAAGUGGAGAAGGAGACCUUCGCUUUGAAGCCCAUGAACUGCCCCGGACAUUGCCUAAUGUUCGACAACCGCACGCGGUCGUGGCGUGAGCUGCCACUGCGUAUGGCGGACUUCGGCGUCCUGCAUCGCAACGAGCUCAGCGGCGCACUCACCGGGCUCACCCGCGUGAGACGCUUCCAGCAAGACGACGCGCACAUAUUCUGCGCGCCGCAGCACAUUGAACAGGAGAUAGUCAGCUGUCUAGAGUUCCUACAGUUUGUUUACCAGACUUUCGGGUUCACAUUCCAAUUAAAGCUAUCUACUCGGCCCGAAAAGUAUCUGGGUGAUCUCGACAGUUGGAACCAAGCUGAAAAGGCUCUAGAAGAGUCCCUCAACAAAUUCGGUAAGCCGUGGCAACUGAACCCUGGGGAUGGAGCGUUCUACGGACCCAAAAUAGACAUCACCAUACUGGACGCCCUGAGGAGGUCUCACCAGUGCGCCACCAUACAGCUGGACUUCCAGCUGCCGGAGAGGUUCAACCUUAGCUAUAUCAGCGAAACAGGCGACAAGAAGCGUCCAGUUAUAAUACACAGAGCGAUCCUGGGCUCUGUGGAACGGAUGAUCGCCAUUCUCAGCGAGUCGUACGCCGGGAAGUGGCCAUUCUGGCUCAGCCCGAGGCAGGUGUGCGUUGUGCCGGUGGGGCCCGCGUUCGACGACUACGCCGUGCAGGUCAACGAAAUACUAAAUGCAAAUGGAUACAUGUCUGAAGCGGACACGGAUGCUGGAGACACACUCAACAAGAAAGUGAGAAACGCUCAACUCGCGCAGUUCAACUAUAUCUUAGUGGUUGGUGAGAAGGAGAAAACCUCUCGUACGGUGAACGUCCGCACCCGCGAUAACAAAGUGCACGGAGAAAUGUCCAUCGACGAGCUCAUACAGCAUCUUAAGAAACUCCAAGUGGAGCGGACCCUAUCUGAUGACAGUGAUUUACUUAAAUUUUAGUUUUAAAACGCGUCAGUCAGUUCUGAAUCGAUUAUUUACUAAAUUAAACUUUAAAUAUUGUUUUAGAAUUUGUAACUCCAUUAAAAUACCAAUUACGAAUAUUACGCUUAAUUUGCUAUGCUCCGUGAAAAGC